AUGAAAUAGGAGCUUUAAUAAUCAUUUACUGAACAAAAAUUUAAUAGAUUAGAGCUUAGCUCUUAGAUAAAGAAAGAUGAAGAUAUGACAUACUUAUAGGAUUUUUGCUCUGACUCUGAUCUUAAAAAAAGAUCUGUUUUUAUGAAUGAUAGAUAUCAUUAAAAUAAAAAUCAUGGAUCCUUAAACUAAAUUAAAAAGAAGUUAGAAAGCGAAUAGGAAAUUUAGUUUCCUUCAAAUCAUGAUGUGAUUUAAAAACAAUAUUUCGAAUAAAAUCUUAUUUAUUAAAAUAUUUCGAAAGAUUAUAAUCUAAACGCUGAUGGAUCUAGCACGCAUUAAAAAUUUAGUAAUUCUAAAAAAGAUCAUAGUGGCAAUGAUAUUGCUGAUUCUAACAUUUUUGAUAAUUUUAAUGAGAAUAAUUAGGCAGAAAUUUCAAUUUAUAAAUCAGCAAUUAUUAGAAAAGGACUAUCUCAAAUAGAUGGAGAUAUAGAAAUCAAUAGGAAGAAUAGCUUAAAGCCAAACCAAGUUACAGACUUUGAUUUUAAAACAAUCAAACAAAAUAGUAAUGGUGCUAUGUAAAUCAACAAUCAGUAAAAUACUGGUCGAAAAAUACACUUUAAUCAAAUUUAGUAAAAUAUAUCCAAGAAUAAUUUUUUGAAAAGACUCUACUAUGUUAUCCGCUUUAUAAAAAAAAUGAAGUUUAGUGCAUCAGUAAGAAAUAUAGCUAACUUGCAACUUGACUAUUUUAAGUUAAUCAAUGAUGUUUCUUUUGUAUAAUAAAAUAUUACCAAAAAAACAAAAUUUAUUGGAAGACAAUUAUUACCAAGUUUUAUAAUAAAUUUUAAGAUUUUUGAAAAGGAUAGCAUAUUUAUGAUUUUAUUUUAGAUUCUUGAACUUUUGGUAAUAUUACUAUAAAUAUUUUGGUUUCCUUUGCAGUUAAGUUUUUAAAUGCAACCUAGCAUUUUUUUAGAAUUUUUGUUAGUUUAGGCUUCUAUUGUGAUUUUUGUUUUUUCUAUUAUUGUAAGAUUUAACACAACAGUUUAUAUUGAUGGAAACAUAGUUUAAAGUAGAAAAAUAAUAGCUAUGAAGUAUUUAAAAGGUUCAUUCACAAUUGAUGUCAUAACUACACUAGCAUUAAUACUUUAAGAUCAGUAAGAGUAAAAGAUUUUAAUCUAUUUAAUAAUUCUGAGAUUUCCUUAAAUUCUUAACUUAGAAAAUGAUGUGAAGUCAUCACUAAUUACAAAAAAACAAAAAUAUUUAACUUGCUAUGAACUUAUAAAAUUAAUUAUUUUUGUAUUAUUUGUCGCUCAUUUCUGUGCUUGUGGGUUUUACUAUGUUGGCAAUUCUGGAGAUCAAAACCACAAUUGGAUAGUUUAGAAGGGUAUAUCUGAAUAUACAAUAGAAUAGUUAUAUGUAACAUGCCUUUAUUUUGCUAUAAUUACUAUGAAUACUGUUGGAUAUGGAGAUAUAGUUCCUGUUAAUACGAGUGAAAGGAUAUUUGUUUUAAUAAUGGUUAUCUUUAGUUGUGGAGUUUUUGGUUAUUCGAUUAACACAAUUGGUGAAAUUAUCAGAUAAUAAUAACAAAACUAUGAAUCAUUUAAAGUUUAAUAAAAGCAUAUCUUAAACUAUUUGAAUCAGAGAUAAGUAUCCAAACAGCUUACUAUCAAAGUUAUUAGAUAACUUGAGUACAUCAUCAGUUAAGAAACUUUCAAUUAAGGAAAAUAUGUCUUGGACAAGCUCAAUGAUUCCUUAAGGGAGGAGGUUAAAACAGAAUACUUUGGAAAAAUUAUUAUAAACAAUAAAUAAUUCAAAAAAAUAUUUUCAAAAUAGUUUUUGAUGAAGCUCAGUUUACUCAUGAAAGACAUCAAUUUAUAUCCAAAUGAAAUACUUCAGAAAAAGGGUUCCUCUCCAACAAGACUUUAUUUCAUAUAUAAAGGAUCUAUAAACUUAGUCUUUUAAUCAGAAAAGGAUGCAAUCAUCGAAGAGUUAAAUGUUGGAAAUAUAGUUGGACUCAAUAAUUUUUUUUGUUAGAAGUAGUAUCAGUACACUUUAAAAAGUAUGAAUGUAGCUAGUCUUAUAUACUGCGAGUAUGAUGAUUUUGUAGAACUUCUAAGCCAUUUUCCAGAUGAUAAUGAAAAAUUUUUUUUGGUUCGUGAUAUUAUACUGCAAAAUAUUAGUAAUAAUAUUUUUUCAUAAGAAUAAUGCAAGUGUUGUAAGUAGUAUACUCAUUUAACUUACAAUUGUCCAUGUAUAUCGGUGAUUCCAAAUAGAGAUCUUAUUGUUAAGAGAUAUUCGUUUUCUUCUAUUUAGUAAAGAGGGAUCUUUAAUAGAAAAUAAAAAAAACAAAAUAAUUUGUGUAACAGCUUCUUUAAUAAAAUGCAUAUAAAAGAGUUUAGAUAUGAAUAUGUAGUCAAAAACUAAGUAACUGAUAUUGACUAAAGUAUUUUGCAACUAGAUAGAAAGUUUAUUUGCAAUUGGGAUGAUAAAAUUUUUUUAAAAAAAAUACCACAAAUUAAAUUAUUUAAUAUGUAAGAGAUAAAGAGAAAAAUUUAAGAAGAAAGCAAUGACCUAAUUUACGAAGAGGAUGAGUUUGAUUCGGAGGAAGAAGAAGAAGAAUUUGAAACAAAUUAGGAUGGUUUAACAAGCUCGGCUAAUAGAGCAGUACAAUCUAACUUAGAUUAGUUUUUGAAAAAAGCAGACGAAAUAUCUAUUUAAAAGUAAUUAAAAGACGAAAAUGUGGUAGAAUCGUCUCUUGAAAACUAUAAAGAAAAGCCUUAAAGAAAUUCUACAAUAUAAUUCAUGAAUGAUAGCAAAAGAAGGGUAACUCUAUAAAAUAUCGAUGAACAAAAUAUGUAAGACUCAAUUGAAAUGAAUAUGAAUGCCAACAAAAAAAACAAGAAACAGAAUAGAAAUGUUGAUUACCAAGAAUCUUAUGGCUCUGCGGGUGAGAUACCAAUGAGUUCUAAAAAUAUCCCUACAAGUAAACAGGAUCUAUAACCAUAAGGUAUUUCGACUCUAAUGAAUAACAUUGGAAGUUAAAUGAGUGGGUUUACUCCAUCAAUAAAUACAGGUUACAUACCUUCCUAGACGUCAAAUUAUGUGCAUUACACUAAUAAAAAGAUGAGAAGGAAAUCUCAUUAAGCAUAAUUAGAAAAACCCCAACAUUAGCCAUAGCAAUAAAUGGGAUCAUAGCACUUAAUUUAGCCAAUAUAAUAAUAAAUCAUUCUUUAAUAAUAACAACUUUAAUAGCUAACUCAAAUAGCUCAAUAAUAGUAAAUAUUAUAAGGAGUUAAUAAUCCAUAGCAAAGCUUUACUAAUUUAUUAUAUAACUUAAGUAGUAGCCCUAACAUAAAACCAAGAGGCUCAAUAAAUUUACCUCAAAUUCAUCAAAUAAAUAAUGCUGCAAACUAAUAAAUUAAUUAAACUCUCUUUAAUUUAAUGCAAGUUAGUCAAGGAGGAACAUUCAUUCCAGGUACUGUAGGCUAAACAACUUUUCUUACAAAAACUUUCGACCAGUAUACAAGAGAUAAUUAAACUCUAGAAAACAUGAAUCCUUUUGAAAAUUAAUUUGAUAAAUAAAAGGAUUACAAAAUUUAUUUCCCACUUUUUAACUUAGAAAAAGUUCUUUAGGUUAUCAAAAAAAGAUUUUAGCUUUUGCGCAUUAAAAUCCCUAAAAAAAGAUUUGAUUUUAUAUUUGAUGACACUUGCUCUUAAAGAAAAAAAGCUAAAAAAUCUACAGUGGGAACAACAUUUUCAAAAAAUAAUACUAAAUUUUUAAGAACAAGCAAUGUUUAAUGA